AUGUCGACGAAUACAGAUGAUGGUACACCAGUUCACAGAGAUCUUUGGAAUGCGUGUGCUGGUGCUGAUGUUGUAGCACCUUUCAUGUCUGAUCAUGUCAAGUACAUUCCUAAAGGGCACGCGGAUCACUGCUCAGCUUCCUUGCAAGUAUUAUCAUCCCUUGAGUAUUUGCCUGCCAUUCACUGUACUGUUCAAGGUAGGGUCAUACUGAGUGCCGAUCCUAUGACAGAUGAGGUAUUUGCACAAGUUCAUAUUAAGCCGUGUUCCGAGAAAUUUCGUGCUUUUACACCUAAGCCACCAACGGGGACUAUGCGGCAUAUGAUAUCUACUUUAGCCAAGCCAAUCGAUGAGCCUGCGCAUCUUCAACAACUCUCGCUUUCUCGGAGCUUUUUAGGUGUCUGCUCUGACCAGUUUACCACGUUUGCGGUGAUAGAUUUUGCUGAGAAAAGCUGGACGUUCAAGCUCAUGUUCAGAGAUGACCAUCAAGAUUACUUGCUGAUUGAUGAUUGGGCUUCUUUUGUGAGAGACAAAUCGGUUCAAGUUGGUGAUGUCGUGCUCUUCUUGAGAGACCGCAUUUUGGAUAACACUCGUUUUGCUGUUAGGAGAGCUAGCUCGGUGAGCGUGGGAAGAAGAAACAAUCUGAACCUUGAAGCGUUUAGCAGAGCACAUGGAAGUUUAAGUCUGAAUUUUUGUACCACGAUUACAUAUUACCCAAAUGAUGUUAACUCUGACUUCUUGGUACCGGUACCUGCCUUCGAGAGUGUUCUUGGCUCCGACUGGGCAAGCGGUGUGAGGGUUAGUAAACGUGAUGAUCACAGAGAACAUCAAGGCACCAUUACAGAAGCAACGUUCAAGAUAUCAUGUGAUGGUACUUUGCUGACAAGUAUAUGGAAAUGUAUAUCCGUGCAAUGGGAUGAACCGGGAUGCUUCAAGAGGGAUACAUUUUCUCCAUGGGAGGUCUCUUUGAAGACAAGCAAAAACGGGACUAUGAUGUUUGGUGUGGAUCUUUCUUUGGUUCAGGGAACCACCAAGAAGAAGAAGAGAGGAAAAAGUAGACAAACACAGGCUUGA